AUGACACCCUAUCCCUCCCUUCCCCGCGAAUCCACCCUCGCCUCUCUUCCACCGGAAUACGCAGUCGACACCCAAGACCAAAUCUCCCAAAUCCUCAGCACAACUCCAAUCAACCGACUAGUCGUACUAGACGACGACCCAACAGGCACACAAACCUGCCACGACAUCAAGGUCCUAACAGUCUGGGACGUCGACACACUAACCUCCGAAUUCCGCUCCGAUAGCCGCGGCUUCUUCAUCCUAACAAACUCGCGCGCCCUCCCACCCACCGAAGCCUCGACGCUCAUCCGAACAAUCUGCGAAAAUGUCUCAGUCGCUGCACAGGCCACGGGAAAUAAAGUCGACAUCGUCCUACGGGGCGAUAGUACACUGCGCGGCCACUUCCCGCUAGAACCGGACGUCGCGCAAUCGGUCUUCGGGACCGCCGAUGCAUUGGUCCUCGCGCCGUUUUUCUUCCAGGGGGGUCGGUUUACGAUUGAUGAUGUGCAUUAUGUUGCUGAAGGGGAGAAGUUGGUUCCGGCGGGGGAGACGCAAUUUGCGAAGGAUGCGACGUUCGGGUAUAAGUCGUCGAAUUUGAGGGAUUAUGUGCUUGAGAAGGCGCCGGGUCGGUUUGGGGUGGAUCAGCUUUGGUCUGUGAGUAUUGAGGAGAUUCGCGUUGGUGGGCCGCAGGCUGUUUGUGAGAAGUUGUUACGGGCGCCGGCUGGGGGUGUGGUAAUUGUUAAUGCGGCGGCGGAGUCGGAUAUGCAUGUUUUUGUGGCUGGGUUGUUGCUGGGUGCGUACGAUGCUAUUCCUAUCAUGUGUCGUCAAUGGAGCUGUACUGACACAGCCGAGUCGAAAGGAAAACACUUCCUCUACCGCACCGGCGCAGCAUUCGUAUCGACAAGACUCGGCAUCCGCUCGAAAAGCCCGAUCACCGCGAAAGAACUCGGUCUCCCCUCACCCAGACAAACAGGCGGGCUCAUCGUGGCUGGAUCCUACGUUCCGAAAACAACUGCUCAAUUGAAGGUUCUGACCGACCGUCGCGGCGCAACUGGUCAACUUGCGAUCAUUGAGAUGAAGGUAGACGAAUUGAUUGCCUCGCCUGAAACGGCGUCGCAGACUGUGUCGCGGGUCGUGAAGGAGACGGAGGAUCAUCUGCGGGCUGGUCAAGAUACGCUGGUCAUGACGAGUCGGAAACUCGUUACGGGCGAUGAUGAGCUUUCGUCGUUGAAGAUUGGGUCUGCGGUUGCGGAGGCCUUGGUGAGCGUUUUGCAGCGAAUUGAGGUUCGGCCGCGGUAUAUUAUUGCCAAGGGAGGUAUCACCUCGUCCGACGCAGCUACGAAAGGGUUGAAUGCGAAGCGCGCACUGAUUGUCGGCCAAGCCGCUCCUGGUGUACCGCUCUGGCGAUGUGAUGAGGAAACAUCUCGCCACCGCAGUGUUCCUUUCGUUGUCUUCCCUGGCAAUGUGGGCGGGGAAGAGACUCUGUGUGAGCUGGUAGAGGGAUGGAGCUGA